CGGCAGUGGCCCGAAUUCGCCACAGCGCGUAGUCUCGAACCUACGCGGUUAUCUAACGCAUCGCCUCAGUAAUAUCACACCGAGCGAUACAGGAUGGCGCGAUUCUCUUCUCUCAAUCCCGAAAAAAUGGCUUUCCACUGCAGAGUCGGUCGACGAAUUUGGCUUUCCCUGCGCACUACCAAAAGUACCAGUCCCACCGUUGGAGGAGACCAUGGCUAAUUAUAUACUCGCCAUUGAAGCUUUCACGACACCGGCAAAACUCGAAUGUACGAAACUUUUGAUUAAAAAAUUUAUGGGUCCAGAUGGUAUUGGUCAAAAAUGUCAUCAAUAUUUAAUGGACAAGCGUGAAGCUGAGGAUAAUUGGGCUUACAAUUAUUGGCUAAAUGACAUGUACAUGGAUGUUCGUUUGCCUUUGCCAAUCAACUCAAAUCCCGGCAUGCCAAUGCCACCCGUCCGUUUUACAACGGUGCACGACGUGGCACGCUUUGCAGCACACCUAUUGAGCGGCAUCAUGAAGCAUAAGGAACUACUGGACAGCGGCAAUUUACCCAUCGAUCGUGCGGGUUCUCGAGAGAAGAAUCAACCACUAUGCAUGGCACAAUACUACCGACCGCUAGGUUCAUGCCGCAGACCUGGUUUGGAACGGGACACACAGUACUUAGCAGAACGCGGCGAGAAAAGCGACGAACAUGUGAUUGUGGUGUGUCGCAACCAGAUGUAUUGUGUUAACUUGAAAACCAGUAGUCGCGGCCGAAUAUCGGAGACUGAAAUCGCUUCAAAUAUCUUGUAUGUACUCAGCGAUGCACCCUGUUUGCCAACUAAACCACCAAUGGUGGGCUUACUUACUGCCGAGGAGCGCACACGUUGGGCCACAAACCGCAACUUACUGCUGGAGAAUGAAGUCAAUCAGAAUAGUAUUAUGUUGAUUGAGAAAGCUCUGUGUAUGCUAUGCAUCGACGAACCGCUACCGAAUACAUUCAAUGCUUAUACGUUCACUGGCGCCACGCCCACAGGCUAUUUAGUGGGUGAUCGCGAUGAUACGAAUAUGUUGCACGAAAUGAUACAUGGCGGCGGUAGCAAUUACAAUUCGGCUAAUCGUUGGUUCGACAAAGUCCUACAAAUAAUCAUCUGCACCGACGGUACUUGGGGUAUUAACUACGAGCAUUCCUUUUCCGAGGGCGAUGCCAUUGUGAAUGUCAUAGAGAAAAUCUAUAAAAGUAUGGAAGAAAAGCAAUCGGCAUGCAAUAGUGUACCGUCGGACCCGACACCCGAACGCAUACCGUGGGUCAUAACACCGCAAGUGGAUGAACGUAUUAAGCAGGCCGCUGUUGCAGUGGACAAGGCAAUUGGAGACUUCGAUUUGUAUGUGUACCGUUACAAAGGUUAUGGCAAAAACUUCAUCAAGCAAUGCAAGUGCAGUCCGGAUGCCUUCUUGCAGCUCAUGCUACAGUUAUCCUAUUUCAAAUUGUAUGGUCAUUUCGUAGCCACUUACGAGAGUGCUUCCACUAGGCGAUUCUUGUUGGGUCGAGUCGACUGCAUACGAGCUUCCCACAAAGAGGCACUGGAAUGGGCCACAGCCAUGUGCCAGGGCGAAGGCGCAAAUGUGCCCUUGGAGAGUGAGAGCGAGGACGACGAUGCGCGUAAAGUCAAAUUCAGCAUUUAUAACAAAGAUAAGCUCAAGGAACUUUUCCGCAUUGCCUGCAAUCGUCAAACCGAAAUUAUGGUUCAAAAUAUACUAGGGCAUGGCAUUGAUAUACCAUUGUUGGGCUUACGUGAGGCCAGUAAGGAAUUCAACAACGGUCAGGUGCACGAACUUUUCAACCAUGAAACGUUUCAAACUGCCAAUAUUUUCUUGUUGAGCACAAGUCAGGUGGCUACCAAAUCGGACGCUUUCAUGGGUUAUGGCGCUGUAACGCCACGUGGCUAUGGCUGCUCCUACAAUCCACAUGCCGAUGAUAUUACAUUUUGUAUAUCGGCAUUUUUCUCCUGUGAGGAUACAAGCACCACGCGCUUCGCCAAAUCGCUGAAGGAGUCGCUGGACAUGAUGAAGGAUCUCAUGAAAGAUGAAACGGACCAAACGAAAUGAGGCAUAAGCGACAAAGAGUCGUGCCAACAACAGUUUACGGGUGGUUUGUUGGUAACGAGCUAAUAUACAAGAACAAACGUUAAAUAGCAAAUAGCAAGCAACAAAGUAACAAAUAUACUUAUACAUAUCAGCAAGCGUACCUUAACAUUGUAAUGAACUGCGUUGAAAUUAGUUAAAUGUACACAGAUUAUACCUAAAUACAAUGUGUUAUAUAUAUAUAUACAUAAACACAUAUAUAAUAUACAUCUAUAUGUAUGUAUGUACUAGAGAAAUUUAUGAAACUGUUGAAAAUCUUAUUGUUAGUUGAAAAAUAUAAAGAUUAUACAUAUAUACUAUAUCUAUCGUAGGGCAGAGUGAGGGUAAGCAGAUCUCAAUUAUAUGUGUAUGUGUAUGCACAAGUAAUAACUAUUUUCGUUGAAGAAAAAUUAGUAGCAAAUGAUUGCCUUUAAAGACAUUUGCUAAAUAAAAGGGACACCACCAUUAAAUGAAAGAAAUAAAUUAAAUAUACCUAUAUAUGGUUGAUUGUCAUAUAGAUCGACAUUUAUAUAAGCAUAUUGCAGCUGAGUGUAGAAAGAAAUGGUUUUCACCAACUCAAUGGCAUAUUACAUAACUGAUUUACCAGAAAACUCGACGACUAAAUAAUACUCAGAGCAUUAAAACAUCGGUUCUACCACAAUAUACUAAAUAUACACAUACAUAUGAAUAUAUACAAAUGAAUACACCACAAGUAGUUGUGCCGUUAUGCUCCAAAGUAGAGAACUCCAUCUCAACACCACUCGUCGGCAUCUCAGCAGCAUGUGAAGAGUUUAGGCUAAUGUGGUGUAAGUCUUUAUUGCUACAAUCCACAGAUAACCGAAUCCUGUAUUCAUGAAAUUCAUCGCUCGAAAUGCCAUAUUUUCGAUUUUCCAAAUUCAUCAAAAGACAAUAUAUUAUGAACAACUGAACAUAUUAUGAAGAUAUAAAUGAAAAUAUUUUCCGAAAACAUAAAUUUCCAGGUUAGAGCAAAAAAAAAUGUGUUCGACGAAAACCUCGACAAGCAUUUUUAUCUCACUUAGCAAUCGCCGAUUGCACUAAUACCGAAACCAUACGACCCCAAAGCUCUGAAAGCCAUUCCGGCCGUUUUCGACGGAUGUUCUCGCGCAAACGCUUCAUUACGACUAAAUAGAACUCUUUCUUGACCGCCUGUUCCUCUGGAACAAAUUCAUGAUGCGCCAAACCACAAAUAUCGAAAAAAUAAUGAGCAUCGUUUUUUCCUUCCAUUCCGACUAUUAUUGACUGGUAUGGAUGUCAAACUCAUAAAUCCAUGUCUCAUCGGCAGUUAUAAUGCUGUCCAUGUUUGUGGGAUCGGAAUACGCACGAUCAAGCAUGUCCAAAGAGACCUGUUUACGUCUUUUUGAAGAGAAUUGAGCUUUAUCGAGACGAGUCGAGCAAGAAUGCAUUUCAUACCCAAAAUAUCCCCCAACUUCAUUCGAACGGACUCUUUCUAUCACUUGUCUAACGAUUUUCAAGCACUAUAUUCCUCACUUUUCUAAUAUUUUCAUCAGUUGAAGGGAUCAAAGGUCGUCCAGAACGAGGCAUGUCUUCAUCUCGACCGUCUUUGAAGGCUUUGUGCCACUCGUAGGUUUGUGUGUUUGAUAAAACUUAAUAUCUGUAAGCAUUUUCCAACAUUACAACAUUUAAAUACAAAAUUUGAGACAAAUUUAUUGAACUCGUAGGUUUGUGUUUUUGUUGAAACUGAAUCUCCGUUGGCAUUUUCCAACAUUCGCAACGAUUCCGAACACGAAAUUCGGUCAGAAAUACAAAAUUUGAGACAAAUUUUUUGUACGACAUUUUUUCCAUUGUAAUGCUCCAAUGGAAGUAGAAACAUUUGAGAAAAUCGAGGCAAAAGUAGCAUGAGUACAAAUAUUGUUACAAUUUUGAUCAAUACCUUUGAAUGCUUCCGAAUAACUUCUUUCUUUUUACAUGACAUUUUGUUGCAAACGUAAUUUCGGGGGAAAAAUAAUGCAUCUGAGUCAUCAAUAAAUCUAAGUUUAUAUCAGAUAGCACAUAUAUGUAUAUGCACUUAAGUAUAUUUCUAUACGUUCUACCAAAAGUAAAGAAAAUUAUUAUACGAAGCAGUUUGAACAAAUGUAUAUUAAAGGAAAUGAUUGCGUUAUCUGUCAACAAAAGUAGGAAGCAUGUACUACUAACCUAGAGUCAAUUAAUCGUACAAGUAAAAAUAAUAUAUGUAUAAAUAUAUUUGUACAUAUACAUACAUACCUAACAAAGCAGAUGUUUUUAAACUAUAUAUUUGGCACAAAUUGGUUGAUGCUUGUUAGCACAAAUGUGCAUAUUUACUUAUAUAUUUGUUAUAUAAUACUCGUAUGCAGUGCAUAAAUGAAAUUAGAAGAAUCGAAACUCGAAGCAUCAGUAUUAUUUUAAUAUUGGCAGAUGAAGAUAAAGGCUAAGAGUGUACUUACAGUGGUUCAAUGGUAUAGAUGUUUUAAAAUACAACCAUAUACGAGCCGAGAAGCAUUAGUUUUAAUAAUUUCGGCUGGUAUUCCAGUUAAGUUGAGUACUCUUACACAAGUAUAGAGUCCUUACAAAAGACAAAAAAAUGUUCCGCCCACAUAGUAAUUGCUUCAUCUUUUACUAAAAAGUAGUAUGUACUUUUUGUUGUAUUAUAUAUUUCUUGUUAAGUUAAGAAAGCAGUUUAAACGUUGAAAAUUUUUAUUCAACUGCUUAUAACUUUUUUUUUUGUUAAUUAAAUUACCACCUUUCCUCUCUAAAUACAUAAUCAGCUUCCACUGCUGGUACAAUAGUAUUGGGUUUCCCAAAUUUUGUGGUAUUCUAGGGUAGGGAGAGCCUAAAAGUACACUACACCAAAGAUUUUCUGCUUCGUUAUCGUUUGACGCAUACAUACCCUGCAGGAAAAAACAACUAAUUUGGGUAGAUUUGAAGAUCAGAAUUGUUACUAUAUGCUAAUGUAUAUAUGAACAUUAAUUUCUACUGAUUUCCAUUAUAUUUAUAUGAUAUUCAACUAACACCACAGGCAAAUAUAAAUUCCCUACAUUUAGUAUAAUUUACUUCGUAGCUUUAGAAAUAUGUGUAUGUGACAUGCCGACUACUAGCGUGUGUACAUGAGAACACAGGUAUAUAUAUACAUAUCCAAAUUGUUAUAGACUUGAAAUGAACUAAUACAUAUCAGUAUGCAAUUAUGCAUGCAGCAUACAAUAUACUAAUACAUUUAUAUAUGUAAAAUAUAGUAAAAUAUAAAAAAGAAGCUUUUAGAAUAUGCAGCGAAAAAAUGAUUUAAAGCAAAAAUGUGUUUAUGCAUUUAGCAGUUAUAUUGGUAGAUUGUUGUAAUGUGUAUGUAGUUGAUGAAUUUAAAAAUUGUUGAAUUUGAAAACUAUAAAGAAUAUAUUAUGGUAAUAUGGAAACAUUAUGUUGAAAUGCGUAUACGUAUUGCUGUUGUUGCAGAAAAUUAUAUAAAUUUUAUUGUUAUACAUGGUUCAUCAAUGGACACUAUAUAUACAUACAUACAUACAUAUGUGUGUGUAUGUGUAUUUAUUUAUAUGUUUGCAAAGCAUAAGCAAUUUUUUUUAAUGUGUGCAUAUAAUAACCCUGUAUUAAAAAGAGACAAAACUAACCGGCUUCAGGUGGCAAUAAGUAAUGAUUAGAGCUUAACUUAUUAAGUUGUUUAAGAACUAUUUAUUUAUGUUAGUUUCUCUAUUAAAUCGCUGAUAACGUUCUUGUCAUUAUUCUAUUGGAUUUGAAACUCAAAGACAAAACUGCAAUGCAUCAAGUGAGAUUAUAAUACAACAUGGCGAUCUGAAUCGAUUUAGCCAUGUCCGUCUAUGCCUCAGUUUUUGAGAUAGCGAUCUGAAAUUUUGCAUACGUCCUUUUCUCCCCAACAAGAUCCUGAAUUGCAGAAACCGCAGAUAUCAUAUUCUAUAGCAUAACAGCAAAAGUUAUGUGUAAAGCGAUAGAUCAGAAGUCAACGAAAUUCCUAUUGGCACACGAUAGAAUGUUGGGGCUGACAGAUUGAGAAGACUGCAGGAAAUGUCUAGAGCAAGGCACCAGGGAAACAAUGAAACAUCUCUUCUGCGCUUUUUCCCCGUUGGCAAGACCAUGCUGUAAGCAUCUGAGGUCCCCAUGAUAUGAUACACUGGUAGAAGUAUCGAUAGUGAGUCCACAGAGUCUGUUGAAGUCCGCUUUAAGCGCAGGUAUCCUAAAGGAUUACUAGUCCUCAAUGACCUAGUGAACUCCAACUGGUAUCGCAAAGAACCAAAACUGGUCAAGGCCUAGCUCAUUGUUUACCAGACUAACCGAACCUAACCAUACAUUUAGCUGCCAUACAAACCGAAUAUUCAAAUCAAGUUCUUGUAAGGAAAACUUUUUUAUUUGAUAAGAAACCAAAUUUGAAAUGAAAUAUUGUCUAAAGCGAAGAAAUUUUUGAGAUCGGACUACCAUAGCAUAUAGCUGCCAUACAAAUUAACCAUUCAAAUCAAGUUCUUUUAUGGAAUAUUUUGUAAUUCUUAAAGUUUUGGCCACUGACUCCGAAUUUCGAUAGUAAAUUUUUAUAAUUUUAACCAGUUGUUGAAUCGUAGAUCUUUCCAUGAUGAAAUGGCAAACCUUACAGAAGAGAAAUGUCAAAAGAGCAGGAAAAAAUAAGACCUCGUUUUCUGUUUCUGUUAGUAGACUGAAAACUUUUAUUUGUAAAGGAUAUUCCAGCUUCGGUGCAUUCGAACUUAACGCUUUUUCUCUUUUUCUAUUAAAUAUAUAUAGAAAAUAAUUGAGGUUUCGCACUGCGACCUAUUGUCUAUUGCGUCCUCUCCUAUAUCACAUAUGAUCAAAAAGGGCAACACUCUGAAUAAUUCCAGGAGUUUGCUGGGCUCGAUGGAAGUGUUGUGAUCCCCGUCCACGCAGAUGGUUUCAAGGACCUUGAACCUGCUUCUACAAAUUGCUUCAAUCUAGAAUCAGGUUUUCUGGGGUUUCCGGUUCCAUGUCGCAAAUCAGGCAAUUUGCGCAAGAAGCAAUGGCCAUGUUUUACAAGUGUUUCUUGAGUCGGCAGUGCCCAGUAUAGAAGUUACGCUUAUGGAAUGCAAUUUUUAGAAAAACUCACGCAGCGAAUUUCAAGAAAAAGCGUUCAAUUUAGAUUACAAAACUGCGGUUAUCAAGCACAUUUUCAUUUACAUGCAUAUUUAUUUAUGUAUUACAUGCGAUUAAGUAUUCGCAUGACAUAGAAUUUAGUUUACAUAGAAAAUGCUUACAUGCUUGUAUAAAUAUAUUACUAUAUACUUUGAGUAUAACAAUUAUAACAAAAUAUAUACAAUAAAAUAAAUCAUAUAAAUGCCAAUUUAUUUGCAUAUGUAUGUACCAUAUGUGUGCGUAUGUGUACAAAAGGUGAAAAAUCUAGACUAAAAGAACUUCUUUGUUAUUGUGUUCAUUGUUACUGCUUUACUUAGUGAAAAUUGAUGUGUAAGCGGGCACAUAAGUAUGUAUAUUGUGAAAAACUAAUCGAAACUGUGUAUAUUAUUGAGUUAAUUUGUUAAGCGUUGAAAGUUUAAAUGUACUAAAAGUUAAAUUAUUUCUAAAUUAUUAGUGCGUGUGCAAGGCACACUAUCCUAACAAAAAAAAUUAUGGCAAUGAUGUUAUUAUGUAUUGUAUCAUGUUGCACACAUUUCCAUUCGAUUUGUUAUGUUUCACUCAAUUGUUUAAUAUUUACCCAUUUACUUAUAUAAAUACAUAUUUACAUAUAUGAAUGUGUUUUGUGUAAACUAAAUAAAAUAUAUAUCUACAAAACCAUAA